UCCAGUUUCCAAACAGAUCUGUGUUGUUGCAUUGACGUCAAAGCUGCAGGCUGGAUGUAUAAAACCCUCCGUCCUCUCCAGUCACCGCGCUCACUGGGACACUUCCAGACUCUGCUCCGACCUGAGAUCCACAAAGUUCAGCUGCAGCAUCUGCAGAGAACAAAGACAUGAAGCCAGUCCCCCUGCUCCUGCUCCUCUCCUCGGUCCUCCUCUCAUCGCACCUCCGCCCUGCAGCCGGCAGACCGCGCACCCUCCCCGGCUGGCUGGAUGGCAGCGGCCGCCUCCAGACGCAGCAACUGGAAGAAAUGCUCAUCAGAGCGGCCGCCUCCGGGGACAGCACCGCCUCAGAGCUGCUCAGCGAAAACCUCCUGAAGUUACUCCAGAACCGGAGCCGGGACCCUCUGAGCCUGCUCAACCCGGAGGAGGAGGAGACCGAGGACGACGCGGUGAGGGCGGCGGCGGCGCAGCUGCUGAAGCGCAGCGACGAUCCUCCGCUGUCCAUAGACCUGACCUUCCACCUGAUGAGGAAUAUGAUCGAGAUGGCCAAGAUGGAGAGGCAGAGGGAGCAGGCUCUGCUCAACCGCAAAGUCCUCGACGAGGUCGGGAAGUAAAGCUAUGAUUUCUUUUUAAAAGCAGCCUCAUUAAAGCAGCCUCACCGCUGUCUCAAGUAUUCAAGACCUCUGACAUUAGUUGUUGUUUGUGCGCCUGCCUUCCUCUCCGCAUCGUUUUACGCACAGAUGGUGCCAAAUUACGCAUCACAGCAUAAUUUAUAGGUUUUAUUUAAAGACUUUGGAAACGGACUUCCCAUCACCACUUCACCUCUCUUACUUUUCUUCACACACACACACACACACACACACACACACACACACACACACACACACACACACACACAUCUCGGCUCUGGAUUCUGGACAGUUUUGUAUCCCCCACUGGAUUCCAUACUUUUACAUUUGGACAAGUUAGAGCAGUGCUGUUCUUUGUCAUGUGUCUUUCUUCUUAAAUAUCAUUAAUGCUUGAAGGGGAAUGUACGGAUGAAUAGUUUCUAAAUUGAAUCAGAGAGUUUGACCUAAAUAUUUAAAAGUCUACACUCUUUAGCUAAAUGAAUCUCAAGCUUUGUCAUGUACAAAUAAAUUGGGCGACCUCAGUGACAAUAAGCUCUCUGUGAUCAAUCAAAUGUAAGGUUUCUUGGUGACAACACAAAUGUUUUGAAUAUAGUAACUCUGGAUAUGAUUGACUGUGUAUAUGUAAGUUCAGUCUGAUUACUGUAAGCCAAUAAUGAAUCACUUCACAGGUUAAUGAGGUUAAAAGAUUGAAACUCCGAUCAUUCUUUCUUUUUCUGAAUCUAUUCUGAUGGAUCAAACGUUACACGAUGGGAUUGUUGUGAAACACACCUUAUGUCGAUUAAAUAUUCCACCUACACCUGUACGCGCUAACCCUCCUCAUACCUUCUGUUCUGUCCCUUUUUGUUUUCGAGCGGGAGCACUAUCACCUGUACUGUAUCUACUGUAGCAUGCUGAUCUACAAAACAAAAAAAGGAAGAAAAACAGCUUUAUUUUACUGUAAACAUUCACGUCUGACAUCGAUUGAAUUGUCUUUGUUUUAGCAAAAGAAAGAAAAAAAGCUUUUU